UUUCUCCGCCACUCGCCCCGUCGCUGCUCAGUCUGCCGCCAACGCUUGUGAGGGGAGGAUCACUUCACCUGCUCCCUCUCUGCCUCUCUCUCUCUCUGCCCACCUGGUUUUUUAAUGAGCUGGUCACGUGUGUUGUGCUGUGGAAACUGUGAAUCUAGUGUGUCAGUGAAAGAACCCCCUAAUGAUGACGAUGAUGGCGGGUCAACUUGCUGUUCUAUGCACGUGUCUGCUGCUCGUACUGCCUGUUAGCGGCGAGGACUUCUGGAGGAGCGAGACGUCCCUGAGGAAGGAGGUGUUCCAGGGUUACGACAAGACUAUCCGGCCCUCCCUCAAUGUCUUCGUCCUGGUCAGAAGCCUCAAUGUUGAUGGAAUGGACGUGAAGGAAGACGCCCAUGCAGUUCUUCUACACGGCGCCCUUCAGCUGAUGUGGGAGGACCCGAGGCUGCGGUGGCGUCUGGAGGAGCAUAAUGAUGUGGACCGUCUGGGCGUGGACCCUCAGGAAUUGUGGCGCCCUGACUUCGCUAUGGCAUCCUCAGGCGGCCACAUCCCAACCCCGCCAAGGUCACACGUGCCUGCCCUGGUGUACCCCGAUGGGAAGGUCAUAUUCGUGCCCCCUGUUGACCUACCGCUGACCUGCCUGCUUGACCUGACCUACUGGCCUUACGAUAUGCUCAACUGCUCUCUCAGGGCCGGCUCUUGGGUCCACCACGGCCAUAUGCUCAAUGUUACUCUGGCGGACAAUGCUCUGAAGUUCGCGCACCCUUCCGUGAGCGAGGGUGAGGCGGGGGGCACCAGCAGCAGCACCAACACCAGGCCGGAAUGGGAGGUGAUCUUCGCUAACCUGACGAGACACACUCAAGUGGUGCCCUGCUGUUCUGAACCCCAAGUCACGCUGCUGGUGUCCGUCAUUGUGCGCCGCUCUGCCCCCGCCAUCACCUGGGUUAUGAAGACGCCGGUGUUGUGUCUGUGUGUGAUGACCUGCCUGGUGUUCCUCCUCCCAGCGAACGGCAGCGAGAAGGUGGUGUUUGGUGGUGUUUGCGUCCUCCUCAACAUUCUUUUCCUCGGGUUUGCUAUCACCAUUGUCUACAAGGAUCCCAUUCACACACCCCUCAUUGUCCAGCUGGUGACGCAUCAGGUGGUGUUGACGGUGGUGAGUGUGGUGGUGGCGGUGGUGGUGAUGCGUCUGGCGCGGGGCCCUCACUCCUUCCCAGUGCCUCAUGUGGUCACCAAGCUGGCCAACACCCUCGCCACGGUGCUCUGCCUCUCAAGCUGCUCCAGGAGGACAGCCAACCACGAGCAGGAGUACGCAGUGAUCAUCAAGGCGGAACAGAUUGAGUUAGGAGAUCGUAGCGGAGGCGAGGCGAGGCAGAGGGACUGGACUGAGGACCUUGGAGAGUGGAUCUUGCUGGCCACUGUGGUAGACCGCCUGGCACUUGUUCUUUACCUGGCUGCUUGUGCUGUUACCUUCAUUCGCUUCUCCCCUGUUCUGUGGUAGAUGAUCCGUGUGUGGGUGUGUCUGUGUGUGUGUGUGUGUGUGUGUGUUUGUGUUUAUGUGUGUGUGUGUUCAUGUUUUAGUCAUCUUACGUCCAUAUGUGUGUUUGUGUGAGUGUUUGCGUGUGUGUGUGUGUUAUUAAUGGUGUUAUCCGUAGCUAGCACACAUUUCUUCCUAUAUAUAUUCGUGUAAGAAGUCUUAAUAAUAAAAUAUGUUAUGAGA